AUGGCAACCGGAAUCGCUAUGUCAUGGUCAUCACCAGCAUUAGUAAAACUAAAAAGCGACGAUCCAUCUUUGAAUCCCCUCGGUAGACCAGUCACAACAUUCGAAGAAUCCUGGAUAGCAUCUUUACCAUCAAUCGGAUGUGUGGUUGGAACUUUAUUCUGCGGAUUCGUUUCAAACAAAUUGGGAAGAAAAAUGACGUUGAUAAUUUUUAGUGUGCCAUUUUUUGGUGGAUAUAUCGCAAUUGCUCUAGCUAAAACAGUCUCAAUAUAUUAUGUUUCCAGAUUUUUAAUUGGUAUUAGCGGUGGGUGCACUUUAGCUGUACUGCCUAGUUACGUUGGUGAGCUAGCUGAAGAUUCUAACAGAGGAUUGUUAUUAUGCAUGAUGGGGAUUUUAGGAGCUUCUGGAUACACUUUCGCCUAUGCUGUUGGACCUCUAGUGUCUAUACAACUAUUCGCUUACCUCCAGUUAAUACCUAUUACCUUAUUUUAUCUAACAUUUAUUCCUUUUAUACCUGAAAGUCCUUAUUACUUUAUUGAAAAAAAUAAUAUUGAAGCAGCGAAAAAAUGUUUAAAGAAAAUAAGAACUACUGAAAACGUCGAUAGCGAAUUAACCAAAAUGGUAGAAAUAGUUGCUGAAAACAAAGAGAAAAAAACCAAUUGGAAGGAAUUAUUUACAACUAAAGCUGCUCGAAAAGGUUUGACUAUAACAUGCAGUUUAUUGACGUUUCAACAGUUGCUUGGAAUUUCUGCAGUGAUGGGAUAUAUGCAAACUAUUUUCACAGAAUGUGGAACUAGUAUAUCUUCUGAUAUAGCUUCUAUUAUUAUUGGUGUACUUCAAAUAGUUUCUAAUGUUGUAGCAACUUUUACUGUAGAUAAAGUAGGUAGAAGGGUGCUUUUACUAGCAUCUAAUAUAGGAUGCUCUAUAUCGUUAAUUUUAUUAGGGGCUUAUUUCCUUCUGAAAGACCAUAAAAUCGAUACUGAUGUAAUAUUUUGGUUGCCUCUUGCUUGUCUAAUUUUAUUUUUUUCAUCUUAUAAUUUUGGUUUUGGAACUUUACCUUUAACUAUUUGCGGUGAAAUUUUCGCAAGUAAUAUAAAGUCUUUAGCAGCAAGUAUAUCAACAUUUGUUUGUUUUUCAAUGGCUUUCGUUGUAACUUUAGGUUUUCCUUAUCUAUCUGAUGCGAUAGGCAUGUCAGGCUGUUUUAUAUUAUUUGCUGGAAUUUCAUUAAUUUCAAUCGUUUUUGUUGUAAUCAUGGUGCCAGAAACUAAAAAUAAAAGCUUCAAAGAGAUUCAGUAUAUGUUAGAUGAAUAA